AUGUUAGCUGAGCUCAUAAAAGUAUCUGCACUAAUAAUAUGGGAUGAAGCACCCAUGACACAUCGACAUUGCUUUGAGGCACUAGAUAGAACCUUGCGAGAUAUACUUUCUGAAGAGAAACUCGCCAAUGCUAUUGUUCCAUUUGGUGGCAAACCUGUUGUUCUUGGUGGUGAUUUUCGCCAAAUUUUACCUGUUGUUUGCAAAGGAUCACGUUCUGUGAUUGUUAAUGCAUCCAUUACAAGCUCUAAGUUAUGGCAGCACGUGUCUGUUCUAAAACUACAUACAAACAUGAGACUUCAUAACCCCUCUCUAGAUGCAACCCAACGUGUUGAAAUUGAAUCGUUUGGCAAGUGGAUCUUAUCUAUUGGUGAUGGGACUAUUGCUGCCGAGCAAAGGGGAGAGGAACGUGAGGCUUCGUGGAUUACAAUUCCUGAUGAUCUGUUAGUGCACACCGACGGUGAUAAGACUGCUGCCCUUGUGGUAGAGGUGUUUCCAGAUUUUAUUAUGAAUUACAAAAAUCCUGAAUAUUUGGCCACACGUGCUAUUGUCUGUCCUAACAACCAAGAUGCUGAUGACAUAAACGAUUAUAUCGUCAAACUGGUCCCUGGAGACGAUGUUCAGUAUCUUAGCUGCGACACAAUAUCUAAAUCAACUGAACAUAUACCUGAUUUUGAUGUCUUGAUUUGGGAGUUCAACGAUCUUCAAGAUGAAACAAAGCUGCUGCAUACUGAUCUGGUGUUGCUCGAUGAAGAGAAUUACCUCAACGCGUUUACAGCACACUGCUUCUCUAGGAUUUUGUUUAUUCUUGUAGUGACUGAUCUUGCUGACUCGUUCUACAACAUAUGCUAA